GGGGGGAGCUGAGCAGAGCAACAGGAGCAGCAGUUCAGAAACCCGGCGAGGGCUUCAAACGUCAACGGAAGGACCGAGGGGAGCGAAUAGCAGCAGCGGGAAAUGCGCCUCCGAGCCCGCCGCACCACGCCCGCGUGACGGGCCGGGGACUGCUCUUCUCCCACCGACCAACGGGACAGAACCGGAAGAGUAACCGGGCCGCUCGGCCUCAAAGGAAGCCCCAACGUUCACCAUGGAGGAGGGAUACGAACUGGACCUGACGUACAUCACGGAGCGCAUCAUCGCCGUGUCCUUCCCCCGCGGGUGCACGGAGGAGAUCUACUCCCACAACCUAAAGGAUGUCACGCGAAUGCUCAAGUCCAAGCAUGCAGACAAUUACCUGAUUAUCAACCUGUCGGAGAAGAGACACGAUCUCACCAAGAUGAACCCGAAGACGCUGGAUACGGGCUGGCCGGACAUGCACGCUCCACCUCUGGAUAAGAUCUGCACCAUCUGUAAGGCCAUGGAGAGCUGGCUCAAUGCCGACCCCUUACACGUGGCCGUGAUCCACUGCAGGGGAGGCAAGGGUCGAAUCGGCGUGGUGAUUUCCUCCUUUGUGCAUUUCACCGACGUGUCAGCCAGUGCUGAUCAGGCGUUGGACCGCUUCGCCAUGAGGAAAUACUACGACGACAAGGUCUCCGCUCUGAUGACGCCGUCACAGAAACGGUACGUUUGGAUCCUCAACAGUCUCCUGAGUGGAUCCAUGAAGAUCAACGCCUCGCCCUUGUUCCUGCACUGCGUCAUCCUUCAUGGGAUCCCAAACUUCGACGCCACCGGAGUGUGUCGUCCGUACAUCAAGGUCUACCAGGGAAUGCAGACCGUGUAUUCAUCUGGGAUCUACCACAUCGGUCCGGCCCACAGAGGCCGCGUGUGCAUCACCCUGGAGCCUGCCCAGCUUCUGAAAGGAGACAUCAUGUUUAAAGGCUAUCACAAGAGUGCGGUGCCUUCUGAGCGGAAAGUGGUUUUCCGGGUGCAUUCCCACCGGGAGGCAGGGCAGGGCUACACCCUGAUGUUUGAAAAGAGGGCCCGGAGGCCCCCCACCAAAGAUCCCAGGUUUGCGGAUUACGGCAAAGUGGAGCUGGUGUUCUCCGAGGGACCAGAGAAGAUCCCAGGUGCUGUCAGGUGGCAAAACGGGGCAGAUGUUAUCGUGGACUACAACACCGCAGAUCCUCUCAUCCGCUGGGACUCCUACCAGAACAUCUGUGAUGGUGAAGCCCCGCCCUCUCUUGGCCUAACGCGGGACGCAGCGGCGAACAAGAGGAGCCCCGGCGGAGGAGAGGCGCCGCUGGGCCGAGGGGCCCGCACCGCCUCCGCCACCUCCAGCCCCGACCACAGCGACCACGCCCUCUCCGUCAGCAGUGACUCGGGUCUGUCCAGCACUUCUCUGUGGGCGGACCGACCGGCCCCCGGCCCCGCCCCCGCCCCGCCCACUAACACCACCAGCAACACGGUCAGGCCCAACCAGGGCCCCAGCCAGCAGGAGAAGGUCCAGCUGAAGCGCCUUUUGAGUGGCUUCGGUCUGGAGGAACCCCCAGCGGGGGAGAUGGAGGAUCAGGUGCCCCGACUGGUCCUCCAGCAGAUCGCCCCGGCGCGAGUCCACCUCAACGGAGAGCCCAGACCCCGGGAGAGGGAAACGGACAUCCUGGACGACGAGGUCAUCGCAGGUCACGACCUGCAGAGCGUGGACAGCUUGGGGACCUUGUCCUCCUCCUGCCACAAGAGCAGCCAGAACUCCCUGCUGUCGGAUGGCUUCGGGAGUCCCGGGGGAGAGGAGCAGCACCACCCCCAGCAGCACCACCUCCAGCACCACCCGGCGCCCCCACUCGCGGAGGACUACGAGAGGGCCUACGCCGAGGCCAGAAGGGGCUGCUUGGGCUCCAGGAGCAACUCUGUGGCCACGGCUAAUCCCGCCAGCGCCGCCGCCAAGCAGCACGUCUACAGGCAGGGCAGCUACUCCACGCAGUCGUGGGUGCGCCAGCAGCAGAUGGUCGCCGCGCAGCAGUUCCUCUACACGCCCGACGACGGGAACGACGCCGAGGGGUACCCGGGGAGCAAGCCGGCGAGCGCCUCGGCCAAAGCCGGCCUGCACGCCGAGCCGCAGGAGGGACAGGCGACGGCCGCCGUCGUCAACAACAACAACAACAACAACAAGCGCGACGAGGAGUUCAAAUCGCUGACCAUGGACAUCGACAACUCCAUCGACCAGCUCAACCAGCUGAUCAUGGACCUGGAUCCCACGUUCCUGCCGGUCUCCAGUGGCAGCGGCUCGCUGAAGAGGAGCGGCGCCAACGGCUCGCUGACCAACGGCAUCGAUCUGCGAUUCAGAGACAACAACGCAGCAACGGCCCUGAAAAACACACAGCAGACAGCUGUCUUCCGGGCCGGGGACGGACGGGUGGGCGCCGCGCGGACCCUGAGCUGCCAGAGGAGUGACGCCCCGGAUCAAGCGGGCUUCUGUAGCUCGGCGUGGGCCGGGGCCGAGGAGUACAGCGACCGGCGGACGUACGCUCAGCAACCCUGGUUGUACAGGACGGACAGUGCCGAGUACCGGGCCCAGGGCUCGGAGAUGGACAGCGGGGUCGAGGCUGGGAGUGACGUGACGCCGCCCACCCCGGCCUUCCCCAUCUCUCCGCCGACGCCGUACGUGAAAAGUAUGUCGGAAUUGACUCCGCUCAUGCAAACGCCGUCUGCCGGCACGCCGUUCUUUGGAGGCUACAGAACGGACCACGAAGCCCGAGGAUAUUCAGAGACGGUCGGUCACGCUUUACCAGACUGCCACAGGACACUUGGUGCCUCAAACUCGAGCCACCAGUGGACAGACAGUUCAUCGGCGAGCCAGUCCUGGCCAGAGCAUCCCGUCCUGUCCCGCCACUCGUCCCUGAGCAGCAGACAGCCGCCGCAGCACUCCAUGUCCCUGGACUACGGCCACCACUCUCCUCCCCCGCACCACCCGCACGUUCACCCGGCCCCCAACGGCCACAGCUCCCCGCGGGGCUGCGCGGCUCGCCACGCCCUCAGCCGCAGUCCGGCGCGGAGCUUCGACGAGCAGGACGGCUCGGCUCUCGGCUACGGCGCCGACGCUCCUUUGACCUUUGACGGGCGGAUGCAGCCGCCCCACACGCAGGCCCCGCUUCUGCCCGAGAAGAAGAGGGCGUCCGGCGGGGAGCACUCCCUGGGAACGGCGUCCCCGGCCCCCAGCGGCUUCUCCAGCCCCCACAGCGGGAGCUCCCUGAGCAUUCCCUUCCCCAGCGUGUUGCCGGACCUCUCGGCCCAGACACCGGGAACGGCCUCGCCUCUGCCGGACGUACUGGCUAUCAAGCAGCUCACGGUCAAGUUUGUGCAGGACACGUCAAAAUUCUGGUACAAGCCGGAAAUCUCCAGGGAUCAAGCCAUUUUGGUGCUGAAGGACAAGGAGCCCGGGUGCUUCAUCGUGCGGGACAGUCAUUCCUUCAGGGGGGCUUAUGGGCUGGCAAUGAAGGUGGCGACCCCCCCGCCCUCAGUUCUCCAACAAACCAAGAAAGGAGGCGACUUGGCCAAUGAGUUGGUGCGCCACUUCCUGAUCGAGUGUACACAGAAAGGAGUGCGACUGAAGGGCUGCCCCAACGAGCCCUAUUUCGGAAGCUUAACCGCGCUGGUCUGCCAGCAUUCAAUCACCCCCUUGGCCCUGCCCUGCAAACUUAUCAUACCUGACGGAGAUCCCCUUGAAGAUGUCGUGGAGAACACCUCACAGUUGAUCACCAACUCUGCGGCCGAGCUGCUAAAACAGGGCGCAGCCUGUAAUGUGUGGUACCUGGGCUCCAUGGAGAUGGAGUCGCUGACGGGCGUCCAGGCGGUGCAGAAAGCCGCCAGCAUGUCCCUGAGCUCCAACCCUCCACCGACCUCCACGGUGGUUCACUUCAAGGUGUCCUCGCAGGGAAUCACCCUCACGGACAACCAGAGGAAGUUGUUCUUCAGGAGGCAUUACAAUGUCAAUACAGUCAUAUUUUGUGCAUUGGACCCUCAGGAAAGAAAGUGGAAACGGGACGGCUGCCCUUCAGCAAAGAUCUUUGGCUUCGUGGCGAGGAAAACAGGCACCUCUACGGACAAUGUGUGUCACCUGUUUGCGGAGCACGACCCUGAGCAGCCGGCAAGCGCCAUCGUCAACUUUGUCUCCAAGGUGAUGAUCGGCUCGCAGAAGAACAAAUAGGUUUAAGUAGAAAAAAAAGUCACCGGUACAAAGGACACAAUGUAAGAAGUGAAGAUGGGGACGUUAACCCUGGAUAUUAACUGGAUAUUGGGUACAUAGUGAUCAUUUACCAGCACCAGAAUAUUUAAUUCUUUCAGUGGAAACAUGUAAAUAACUUCUCUGCUGUUUUGUUUCUUUCCUGUAAAAUGAACUGUAAAGUAGCAAAGUAAGAAAAAGACAAAACUAUAAUAUUGAAACCUGUCUUAAACCGCUAUGAAUCUUUUUUAACAUAUAUUAAGUACAUGACACAUAAGACAAAGGCUGCUUUUUUAUGGAUAUAUUAAGAAACCAUUGUUAACUUGUUCUAAUAUUUAACCAAAAGCAUUCUUUAAGCUAUUGACAUUCUGUAAAGUUGAAGCCAACGUAGAAGCACGUUGUGUCCACCAGGAGGCGACGCAGCCAAUGUGUCAUUUAGAUUAGGAACAGACUGCACUUCCUGCAGCAUUGUCCUCAUUUUAAAUGCAAAUGUUUAUUUUUUUAAACUACAGACUUUUGCACAUGCACAUUUGGUGUGUGUGUGACUAUUUGAACAAAACCCUAAUUAUAUAUAUAGAUAUAUAUAUAUAUAUAUAUAUAUAUAUAUAUACAUAUUAUUGAUUUGACAUGAGUUGGUUAAAAACAAGUCCUUUGCGUAGGAGACGGUGGCACUCCACUCAAAUUAAUUUUUUUCUCUCGGGCGGUAAUGGCCAUUAACAUCACUGCAGUAUCUAAAAGACAGAUUUUGUACAUUUCGUUAAUAAAAGAGCUUAAGCUGCUGUAUGGAGAGAAGAAAUACUGCUAUUCUGUUAGCAGUUUGUUCAAGAAAAAACACGCUCAGAGAUGUGCAUUGCACAGAUGAAUUUAGGAUUGAAAAUAUAUCUUGUUAAAUCUGUCAGUGACAUUUCAAAUACAACUUCCAUGGGACCAAGUUAGAACUCUGCUACGGUUGUUAGCAUUCCCCCACGUUGGCCGCUUGUUGCCGUUGUGUUUUCCAGGGGGGGCCGUACAAAUGUAUUCUUGAAAAUAUUUUUUUGCCAUUUUAUCUAAAGAGGGACUUACAACCACAAUACAGCUCUGUUGGUGUUCCUACAUUGAUUAUGUUAUCUAUUAUCUGUACCUCAUACGUAUCUCAUACAAUACUGUGCCUCUGUGUAUAAUAGGCCACAUGUGAACAGUUUAUUUGUAUAUUGACAGUGGGUUGUUUGUGUGUUCUGUAAAUAAACACAAUGAAACAUGUAA